AUGUUUCCAUUUUUUUUUCUUUUUUUUUAUUCUUUUUUUUCUUUUUGUCUUUUCCAACAAAUCAUUUUUUUAAAAAAAACUGUUUUCUUUUUUCUUUGUUUCUUUUUGUCCUUCCAACCUUUUUUCAUUUUGUUUUUUUUUCUUUCUUUCUUUCUUUAUUCUUUCCAAAUCUUUUUUCAUAUUUUUUUAUUUAGAAAGUUUUGUCAACAAAAUCUGAUCCAUUCUUUCUUUUUCUCUUUUUUUCUUUUUUUUUUUUUUUUUUUUUCUUUUCUUUCUUUUCUUUUUGAUUUUUUUUCUUUCUUUCUUUCUAUUCUUAUAUUUAUUUGUCCUUCCAACAUUUCCCAUCCAUUCUUUUUUUUUUUUCUUUCUUUCUUUCUUUCUUUUCUUCUUUUCUUUUUUCCUUUUCUUUCUUUUUUUUCAGUGAUCUUUUUCUUUUUUCUUUCCAUUCUUUUUUUUUCCAUUUUUUUUUUUUCUUUCUUUAUUUUUUUUUUUUUUUCAAAAUUUCUUUUUUUCUUUUUUUUUUUUCUUUUUUUUUUUUCCUUUCCUUUCCAUUCUUUUUCUUUUUUCUUUUUUUUUUUUUCUUUUUUUUCCUUCAAAAUCCAUUUCUUUUCUUUCUUUCUUUUUUCUUUCUUUCUUCUUUUUCCUUCCAACACUUUUUUCUUUCUUUCUUUCUUUUUUCUUUUUUUCUUUCUUUUUUCUUUCUUUCUUUUUUUCUUUUUUUUCUUUUCUUUCUUUUUUUUUUUUUUUCUUAGAUUUUCUUUUCUUUUUUUUGAUCCAUUUUUUCUUUCUUUCUUUCUUUUUCUUUUCUUUAUUUGUCCUUCCAACUUUCUGAUCCAUUCUUUCUUUUUUUUUUUUUCUUUUUUCUUUUUUUCUUUUUUCCUUUUUCUUUUGAUUCUUUCUUUCUUUCUUCUUUUCUUUUUUUUAUUCUUUUUUUCUUUUCUUUCUUUUUUUUUCUUUCUUUUUUCUUUUUUUUUUUCUUUCUUUCUUUCUUUUUUUCUUUUCUUUCUUUUUUCUUUUUUUUUUUUUUUUUCUUUCUUUCUUUUCUUUUUUUCUUUUUUUUUCUUUUUUCCAUUCUUUUUGUUUUUUUUUUCUUUUUUUUCUUUCUUUUCUUUGUCCUUUCUUUUUAUAUUUCCUUUUUUCUUUUCUUUGUUUUUUUUUUUUCCAUUUUUCUUUUUCCUUCCAACAUUUUUCCUUUUUUUUGUCCUUUCUUUCUUUUCUUUCUUUUUUUUCUUUCUUUUUAUUCUUAGAUUUAUUUUUCCUUCAAACACUUGGUGGAUCCAUUCUUUUUUCUUUCUUUUUUUUCUUUCUUUCUUUCUUUCUUUUCUUUCUUUCUUUCUUUCUAUUCUUAGAUUGUCCUUUACACUUUUUUUCCAUUCUUUCUUUUCUUUCUCUAUUCUUAGAUUUGUCCUUCCAACACUUGGUGAUCCUUUCUUUCUUUCUUUCUUUCUUUCUAUUCUUAGAUUUGUCCUUCCAACACUUGGUGAUCCAUUCUUUCUUUCUUUCUUUCUUUCUUUCUUUCUAUUCUUAGAUUUGUCCUUCCAACACUUGGUGAUCCAUUCUUUCUUUCUUUCUUUCUUUCUUUCUUUCUUUCUUUUUAUUCUUAGAUUUGUCCUUCCAACACUUGGUGAUCCAUUCUUUUUCUUUCUUUCUUUCUUUCUUUCUAUUCUUAGAUUUGUCCUUCCAACACUUGGUGAUCCAUUCUUUCUUUCUUUCUUUCUAUUCUUAGAUUUAUUUGUCCUUCCAACACUUGGUGAUCCAUUCUUUCUUUCUUUCUUUUUCUUUCUAUUCUUAGAUUUGUCCUUCCAACACUUGGUGAUCCAUUCUUUCUUUCUUUCUUUCUUUCUUUCUUUCUUUCUUUCUUUCUUUCUUUCUAUUCUUAGAUUUGUCCUUCCAAAUAAGAACAUUCUUCCAUUCUUUCUUUUUUCUCUUCUUAUUUGUCCUUCCAACAUUGGUUCUUCCAUUCUUUUCUUUCUUUUCUUUCUAUUCUUAAAUUUGUCCUUCCAACACUUCUUGGUGAUUUCCAUUUUUUUCUUUUCAUUUUCUUUUUCUUUCCAUUUCUUAGAUUUGUCCUUCCAACACUCAGUUGAAAUCCAUUCAUUUUCUUUCUUUCUUUCUCUUUCUUUCUAUUCUUAG